AUGUUAGGCAAGACUAUUGGUGCUGGUAGCAUGGGCAAGGUUAAGCUCGCCCGAAAGGAAGAUGGCAGUGAACAGGUAGCUUGUAAAAUUAUCCCUCGUGGCUCAACCGAUGAUGGUCACCAGUCUCGCGCCGACAAAGAGCGUGCCGAUCAAUCCAAGGAAAUCCGAACUGCUCGCGAAGCAGCUAUCAGUACUCUCCUGAACCACCCCCACAUCUGUGCACUUCACGAUGUUGUCCGUACAAACCACCAUUGGUAUAUGCUUUUUGAAUAUGUCAACGGUGGCCAGAUGCUCGACUAUAUUAUUUCCCAUGGCAAACUUAAGGAGAAACAAGCCCGAAAGUUUAGUAGGCAGAUCGCAAGUGCGUUAGACUACUUGCACAGGAACAGCAUCGUGCACCGAGAUCUCAAGAUUGAGAAUAUUCUUAUCAGCAAGACAGGCGAUAUCAAAAUUAUCGAUUUUGGUCUCAGCAACCUCUUUGCUCCUCGGGGUCACCUCAAGACAUUCUGUGGAAGUCUUUAUUUUGCUGCGCCUGAAUUGCUGCAAGCAAGAGCUUACACCGGCCCCGAGGUCGAUGUCUGGAGUUUCGGCAUCGUCCUUUAUGUCUUAGUUUGCGGUAAAGUGCCAUUCGACGACCAAAGCAUGCCCGCGCUUCAUGCCAAGAUCAAGAGGGGUCUCGUCGAUUAUCCCGCCUGGUUAUCAAGCGAGUGCAAGCACCUUCUAUCUCGGAUGCUCGUCACGGACCCUAAACAGCGCGCUACAAUGCAGGAAGUAUUGACACACCCAUGGAUGGCUAAGGGCUUCAACGGUCCUCCCGAUAAUUACUUGCCCAACCGCGAACCGUUAACGACACCCUUGGAGCCAGAGGUAAUUCUUGCCAUGCAAGGCUUUAACUUUGGCACCCCCGAAAGUAUCAAUGCACAGCUUACCAAAAUCAUCGAAUCCGACGAAUAUCAGCGUGCUAUCAAGCUCUAUCAAAGAGAGAAGGAGCUUCCUCAACCUACGAAAGAUGCCGAGAAGAAGAGAGCGUUCGGGUUUGACUUUUACAAGCGCAGGAAUUCCGGCAACAGUCGUGAUACUCUGUCAGCUCCCAGUUCUGAGGCCCUCCAAAUGGGCAACGAUCCUAUGAACGCAUUUAGUCCUCUUCUAUCUGUUUAUUACCUUGUCAAGGAGAAGCAAGAUCGUGAUCAUGCUGAUAUGGUGCCGCCAGCGGCAUCCCAAUCUCGCGAGAAAGAGAAAGAGAAGGAACGGGAACGAGAGAGAGAGAGAGAAGAAAAGCGUGAACGAGAGAGGGAAAGGGAGAAGGAACGCGAGCGGGAGAGGGAGAGGGAGCGUGAGGCCCGCGAAAAGGAGAAGGCCAGGGAGCCCGAGUUGCCAGAAAUCGCAGCGCCUCAAGCCGCCCACACCAACUCAUCUGCCUACGAGAUGCCUGGCGAAAAGCCCACCGGUGGACGCAGCAGACCCCGUGCCAGGACUCAUGGCGAAGACGAUAUGCCAGAGUUGCCGAAGCAAACACCUGCACCGCCACCCGAACCGAGAGUUGAGCAAAUCCAAAAGAAGGAGGGCACUGCAGCUGGUAUUCUACGUCGUUUUAGUACACGCAAGCGUAGGGAGCCUGAGCGUCUGGACAGAGACCGUUCGCACCCCCCUGUGGUGCAGGUUCAUUCUCCAGCCGAGCCUUCACCACUGGCACCUCGAAAGAGCUUCAGCAUCCGCCGUGGCCGACGUGACAGAGAGGAUGCGUCAGAUACGCAGAUCCGUUCUAGUAGCAACCAGGGCCAACAUGGUGAACUUCUCAGCCCGCCCAUGUCUUCUGGUGGCAACAGGGAGGGUAGACGAGGAAGUGCUUUGGGACGAUCGACCAGUGUCAACUCGGCAGAGAUGAGAAGGCGGAAAGAUCAUCCAGCAACCAACGAAUCUGAUCAAUCUGUAGGAAACGAAGAAUCUUCCAGCUCGCGCCGUGCUCAUGGUCAUUCUCGAUCCGUGAGCCUGAGGGCCAAGUCUAUUGGACACGCGAGGAGAGAGAGUAUACAGCAGCGUCGUCAGAGAAGGGAUGCUGCCCAGGAGGCCAAUGUCCCUGAAGAAACGGAUCAGGAGUUGGAGCAGAGUGGUGUGUCGACCGAACGCUUGGACGACACAGAACUGUCCAAGCCGGUUUUCCUCAAGGGUCUUUUCAGUGUGUCAACGACAUCUGGCAAGUCUGUACCCGCGAUCCGGACGGAUAUCAAGCGAGUAUUAAAGCAAUUGAAUGUCGACUACACGGAAAUCAAGGGUGGAUUCAGGUGUCGCCAUUCACCAAGUAUUGAUCUGAACAAGGUGCAAGACCCACCUAUGAGCCCUGGAAACACCCCAGGCCAUAAGCGACGGUUCAGCUUUGGAGGUCUUAUCAGAGGAGACGACCGUGAUCGGGAUGACUUCCGCGAUUCAGACCGCCCUCCUACCACACCACGAACGCCAGGUCGGUCGGAUCGAGACCGUAGCUUCUCAAACUCGGAGACUUCGUUUGACAGCAACUCCGGUAGGAACGCAGGACCAUCUCGACAAGUUCCAGGAGAAACAAGCACGCAAGUACAGAGCGAUCUCGGAGGAAGCAUGGUGCUGGAGUUUGAAAUCUUCAUCGUCAAGGUGCCACUGUUGUCACUACAUGGCAUCCAGUUCAAGCGCAUGGCUGGAAACACGUGGCAGUACAAGAGUAUGGCGGACCACAUUCUUCGGGAGCUGAGGCUAUGA